AUGCUUGGAUCCUCACCUCCAAUAAAUGAAGCACAUACUAGCUUACCGAAUUCAAAUAGUAUACCCGAGUUUGUCAAGAAGUUGUUUGGUAUGCUAGAGGACAACAUUUAUCCUCAGGUCUUCUCUUGGGGAGCCGAAGGAGACACGUUUGUUGUCAAAGAUCCCAAUGAAUUCGCUCGCCACAUUUUGCCAAAACACUUUAAGCAUUCCAACUUUCAAAGCUUUGUACGCCAGCUGAACAAGUAUGAUUUCCACAAGCUGAGGAUGCCAGAUGAUGGACACCGUCUUUACGGCGACCAGGCAUGGGAGUUUCAGCAUCCCAAUUUCAAAUACAACAGAAGAGAGCUUUUGGAAGAUAUCAAGAGAAAACCUACUGGAAAAGCGGCGCAAGCAAGUCAAUCAUCAUCAGCGUCUAAUGCGACAGGUUCGUCAUUAGCAAACUCAAGAUUACCCACCAACGUGCUGGCAGAAGAGAUGAAGACACUCGCCAGCAAUCUUCAGAAGGAGAUCAACAGCCUCAAAGAUACACAAAAAAAGAUGACGGACAAGAUCAAAGGGUUCGACAAAAAGUACAGCGUCGUUUUGGAUAGCAUUCAAGGAUUUCGACAAAACAUGAAGGAUCAAGAUUUACUUAUGAAGGACAUUAUGUCGUUUGUUUCAAAGCAAAAUAAUGUGGCUGUGGGGCAAGACUUGCAAGCAAUGAUGGAUACAUACAACACGGCGUCGACCAUGGGAGAAGUAAAAUUGGAACGAUUAUCGGAUACAUUGAGUGGGAACACAAAUCUAGCAGCUGGUUCAUCUGGUCAAGUCAUGAUGCCGACUCUUAUUGAUAACUCUCAACAACAAAUACAUCAGCAACAACAACAACAACAACAACAACAACAGCAGCAGCAGCAGCAGCAGCAGCAGCAAUUACAACAACAGCAACAACAACAACAACAGCAACAACAACAACAACAACAACAGCAACAAAUACAGGCACAACAAAUCGCUAGUUCUACGUCCAUGAUACCCGUCAUCAACGCAUCGGCACAUAUACGAAAAAGAAAGCGCAUGCAACCCGGGUGGUCAGUGCCACCGAGAGUCUUAUUGGUAGAUGAUGAUUCAUUAUUCCGUAGAUUGUCAACAAAGUUACUCCAAAUUGCAGGUUGUACAAUUGAUGUAGCUGUUGAUGGUAUGGAGGCUGUGAGAAAGUUGGGCACAGGCAAAUAUGAUUUGGUGCUAAUGGAUAUCAUGAUGCCGAAAUUGGAUGGCAUGUCUGCCACACGAAAUAUUCGACAAUACGAUACUUGGACACCUAUUAUCUCCAUGACUUCAAACACAACAGAUCAGGAUAUCCAACAGUAUUUUAUGAGCGGAAUGACAGACAUCUUACCAAAGCCAUUCAACCAAGGUUCAUUGGGUAGUUUACUGGAGAGAUACUGUGCUCAUUUGGUGGGACAAAGACAGCAGCAGCAGCAGCUUCAGUUACUUCAGCAAAACUAUUCAUUGAAUGGCAGUCUAUUAGGAUUAAACGAUAUGACGCCACAAUUAACGCUGAUUGAGGAUGGCGAGGACGCUAAUAACAAUACGGAAGGAAAAGGAAAAGGCAUUAAGUAUUUACCGCAACUGCCUCAGCAACAACAACAACAACAACAACAGCAGCAGCAGCAGCAGCGGCAGCAACAGCAACAAUUACAAUUCAACGCUAGUUUCUCGGCUGCUACAACAAUACCUACGACUGUAGCUGCCGUCACUGCUGUUGCGAGUAGCUCAAACAGUAAUAUUAUACCCCAGUUAGGCCAUAUACAAUCAAUGAAUGAUCAGCAACAACAGCAACAGCAACAAUGGUAUUUGUAUGCGAAUGAAAAGCGACGCAAAAUUGAUGACAGUACUGGUAGAAAUCAGUUGUAG